UACAUAUGUACUGUAAAUGUAUUCUACGUUAUGGGAGCAUAUCCCCCUUCUCUACAAAAUUAAACACAGAAAAACUGAUUAAUGCUGUCGCUCCAUCACUUCCCAGAAAAUAAAGUGCUACUGUAAAAAUACUCAAUGUAGAAAUCACUGCACAUUUAUGCUUUAAUAUUUACUGAAAAUUGAUACAAAUAUAGUCCCUGCUGCUGUCUGUCCCACUUAAACCCAUUCAAUUCAAUUUUUUUAUGGGAUUUUGGUUAAAAGCCUGAAAUAAGGCCCGUGGUGAACAAAAUAUUUUCAUGUUUUAUUCUAUGACAUAAAUACACCAGUAGUACCACACUCAGGACUUUUUAAAAAAGAUUUAACGUGUAUUUAAAAAGGCGAUUGCUAACAAUUUGCUAAAUGUGACUAAAGACAUUGUCAGGGACAUUAAACGUCAUCACGCCGAACAGGAAAAAACUUUGCAGAUAAACUAGUUCAGGUGUGCAGCGCACAAUUCCCAAAAAAUGUGGAUGAAGAUUCAUCCACUGAAUAAAUCUGUAUUAUGGAAAAUGUUUUUAAAUCAAGUUUAGAAAAGUCGACGCAAGCUUGGUGGUGGUGACGUUGAAGUCAAGCGACCGUAGUGUAGUUAGUUUACAGCAUAUUGUUAGGUUUUUAUUUCUGGCGAUUGUAUUAGGCUUCAAGCUUCAUAAAACGUUGUUAUGUUGGUUUGUGAAAAGUAUCUUGAUGGACAAAACGUGUUAGUAUUGUAAAGUUUUGUUGAUCACAGAGCUUAUUUUCUGUGAUAAUCCAAAAGCCUAUGGGAAAAUCCUAUUGGGUUUUUGUCGAGGGAACAAGAGUGAUGCUAACUUCCGGGUUCGAGUACGACAUGACGUCAUCCCAGCGCCACUCUAUUGAACGCUACAUGAACCACGUGACUGCGUGGCGGCGAGAUCAAAGAGUGUCGCCACUCUCUUUUUCAACACACACACACAGAGAGAGAGAAAGAGAAAGCUCGGAUUUUUUCUUCACGACUGGUAAAUAAAGUGUCGUUGUCCAUCUGCAAUUAUGAUCUGAUUGGUGUUUAAGACCACAGGAAGUGUCGAGGCUUUAACACAGACACUUCUCAUUCAGUCAGUAAUCAGUGUGACAGGAUGGAGCUCCGUCCACUCUGUGUGUUUCUCUUGAUGACUGGACUCAUCCACUGUACACAAACAGGACAAGGAGUGCAAGGGGGGACAAACAGAGAGACUGAAGGGGUCACAGGAGACGGAGAGAUGAAGCCAGAGACAGGAGAGGAAGUGCAAGGGGGGACAAACAGAGAGACUGAAGGGGUCACAGGAGACGGAGAGAUAAAGCCAGAGACAGGAGAGGAAGUGCAAGGGGGGACAAAAAGAGAGACUGAAGGGGUCACAGGAGACGGAGAGAUAAAGCCAGAGACAGGAGAGGAAGUGCAAGGGGGGACAAAAAGAGAGACUGAAGGGGUCACAGGAGACGGAGAGAUAAAGCCAGAGACAACGAGACCAAAGCCUGCAGUGAAAGUACAGCCAGCUGAGGGUGUGUUCAUUGGGGAAACCGUCACUCUCACAUGUGAGAUACAGACUGGAGAAUCCUGGCGUUACCUCUGGUAUAGAAAUAAUGAAGAACUCAGUGAUGCUGCAGGAAAGAAAACACACACAAUCACUGAUAUUAAAGACUCUGAUAAAGGUGAUUAUACAUGUAAUGGAACACAGUCAUCAGACCCUAAAUACACACAGACCAGUGAUGCUGUUACAGUGACUGUAUCAGAAAAACCCAAACCGACUGUGAGUGUAAAUCCUCAGAGCUCCGUCUACACUGGAGACAGAGUUACUCUGACCUGUAAUCUGCUGUCUACUGGAUGGACUUUUUUCUGUCUCUAA